UGCCAAUUGUACGAUUAAUUAAUUGCGAACCACGAAGAGAGAGAGAACUAAAGAUCUUACCAUCUUCCCGGGAAACGCUCGCCGGAGAUACGUACCAAAUCAACAAGCUUCACCGGCAGAGAUUCCGUUACCGCCGAUUUCAUUGAUUCCUCGACCGUCUUUAAGUUUCCAGACAUCGAUUCUCUCCCCUUCUCCUUCCUUUUUUUCAGGCAUCGAUCGAGAAUCAGCUAAUCUUUCGUCGAUCCCGAGUUAUUUCGAAAAUCGGGUCCUAAUCCGGCUUGGCACUCACAUACGAAAUGGGACUUUAGGUUCUAAGAGAGUUCAUUGAAGGACGGAUUGAGCGUCCGAGAGAAUAGAGUGGGAAAAGGGUUUGAUUCAACUAUGAGCACCCUGAAGCAGGCGGUGACAGUUCGGGACCUGGUAGAGGAAGCCAAGAAGCGGAUUGUAAUCCUGGUGAUAUGCGUCGUCGGACUAUCCUACCUCCUCUCGUUGACAAGUUCAUCGGUUUGGGUCAAUCUCCCUGCUGCUGCGUGCUUGAUCAUCCUCCUCCGUUAUUUCUCAUUCGAUAUUGAAAUGAAAAGAAAGGCUGCAGCUUACAACAACAAACCUUCGUCACUGAAUGCUCCAUCUCUAAAGAAACUUCCAGAGCUCCCUAAAGCAGCUCCACGGUCUGACUGGAGAAGCAAAGUGAACUCCCAGGUCGUUGAAGACGCGAUAGAUCACUUCACCCGUCACCUCAUUUCUGAAUGGGUACUGGAUCUCUGGUACUCUCGCAUAACAGCGGAUAAGCAAGGUCCUGAAGAACUGGUGUUUGUUAUUAACGAUGUUCUUGGGGAAAUUUCACGGCGGUUUAGGAAUGUAAAUCUCAUUGAUCUAUUGACAAGGGAUCUAAUUGAUAUUAUAUGUCGCCGUGUGGAGCUUUUCCGUGAGUGUCAAGCAAAGAUUGAGAGACAACAAAGGAGAAGCCUCAGUUUUGAUGACCGAGACUCAGAACUAAGACGAGUGAUGGCCACUGAAGAUAAAUUGCACCCUGCAUUAUUCUCUCCUGAAUCCGAGCAUAAGGUUCUGCAGCAUAUAGUGAACAGUCUCAUUUUACUAACAUUCAGGCCCGAGGAUCUGCACUGUGCUUUUUUCCAUUAUACCGUGAGAGAGCUUCUUGCUUGCUGUGUGAUGCGACCAGUCCUGAAUUUAGCCAAUCCUCGGUUCAUAAACGAAAGGAUUGAAGCUGCUGUGAUAUCAAGGAUAAAGACUAAUGACCGAUCUAGUGCUGCCAAAGAGACUUCUCAGUCGGAAGAUCUCUCGAAAGUUUCUCCUGAUCAUUUUUCUAGAGAUCUGGACCCCUCUGUCACAGGUGUUGAGCUGGUGCAGUUGAAAAAUGAACAGCAGAAAAGGAAGAAUGCUACAGAUAAACAGCAUGCAACAGAUUUCUCUAAAGAUCCAUUGCUUUCAGUGGACACUCGAUCUUCCCGAUCAUGGAACUCCGUCCCCUCAACUUCCAAAAUAGUGGAUGAUAGUAAAGAUCUUCAAGGACAUCGAGGAAGAGAGGGAUGGGGUGACGUAUUAGACAUGAUGUCACAAAGGAAAAGUGAGACCCUUGCUCCCGAGAAUCUUGAAAGUUUGUGGGCAAAGGGAAGAAACUAUAAAAAAAAGGAAGGUGAGAAAAUUGUUGAGCGGGUGCCCCCGAGAUGGUCUAGCAAGGAAUGGUGCAACAAUGAUGAUGGGGCAAGGCCUAACAUCUUCAACGAAAAUACUACGAAUGCAAAAGGAUCCAGUCAGCAAAAGGUAGUAAAUAGAGACAGUCACUUAUCAAGUUAUUCCUCUGCUGAAGAGGACGACGAACAAACAAAGAGUAGUCAUUCUUAUACAUCUGAGGAUGAGGAAACGGUAACAGGUCUAAACAGUCCUGGGACUCGAGUCUGGGAUGGUCGAACGAACAGAAAUCCUGGUGUUUCACGGAUACACCAUCCACUUGAAAAUUCUGGCCGCCGUUUCAAACAGACCAGUAAAGGGCAUGAACGUUAUCAGUCUAGCAGGAAGAGAUCCAGACAUUCUGGACGCAUUUUAGGCGAUGACGAUAGCAAUGAUUCUGAAAAUGAUUCUUUGGGUAGAUCAAACAGUGGGAUAUCUGCAACGUCGUCUGCAUCAUACAUUUCAGUGGCGGAAAGUGACCUUCCCAACGCCCCUAAAAGUUCUUUGUUGAUUGAUUCCUUUGCCAAGUUGAGAUGUGAGGUUCUGGGUGCCAAUAUUGUGAAGAGCAGUUCUAAGAUGUUUUCUGUAUAUUCAAUUGCUGUCACAGAUGAAAGUAAUCAUAGCUGGUCUAUCAAAAGAAGAUUUCGACAUUUUGAGGAACUUCACCGGCGGCUUAAAGUAUUUCCUGAGUACAAUCUUCAUUUACCGCCGAAGCACUUCCUAUCAACAGGCGUGGACAUACCUGUUAUCCAAGAGCGAUGUGUACUACUUGAUGACUAUCUCAAGAAGCUAUUGCAACAACCAAGAAUUUCAGGAUCAAUUGAAGUUUGGGACUUCCUCAGUGUGGAUUCCCAAACUUAUGCGUUCUCAAGUUCUUUCUCAAUCAUUGAGACACUGACGGUUAAACCUGUCCGUAAGACAUCUACGGUUUCUACAAUUAUGGCCGAUAUGACUGAGGCGACGCCAGGUCCUCUUCCUUCGAGAGAAAAUCCGAGUUCAGAGAAUGGGAGAUCGGGUCAACAUAUGAGAGAUAAUGCUAAGGUGGAUGAUCUGAAGUCAAAAGUGAAAGCUCCUGAAAAUGAUCAUAUGAAGGCGCCUGAUUCAGAUGUGAGAAAUAGCAAAGAGAAUGGCGGGCUAAAAGUGGGUACUCGACAUGCUGAGGCUGUGGCCUCCGCAGGACUGCCUACAGAGUGGGUUCCUCCAAAGCUUACAUUACCCCUGCUAGACUUGGUAGAUGUUGUCUUUCAGCUUCAGGAGGGUGGGUGGAUCAGGAGGAAAGCUUUUUGGGUUGCCAAACAGAUACUUCAACUUGGGAUGGGGGAUGCAUUGGACGAUUGGGUACUUGAGAAAAUCCGUCUUCUGCGGCAGGGAACUGUAGUCGCUUCUGGAAUUCAACGGAUAGAACAGAUACUAUGGCCGGAUGGGAUAUUCAUGACAAAGCAUCCAAAAAGACAGCAACAAUCCAGCAGUUCUGACGAGGAGCAGCAACAAGAAGCAGAGAGACGAGCCAAGUUUGUUCAUGAGCUGAUGAUCGAAAAAGCCCCAGCGACCAUAGUGAGUCUUGUGGGACAGAAGGAGUAUGAACAAAGUGCGGAAGAUCUCUACUUCUUCCUUCAGUCAUCGGUGUGUCUUAAGCAAUUGGCAUUUGACCUGCUGGAGCUGCUGCUACUCUCGGCAUUUCCGGAAAUGGAACAGGCUUUCAAACAGUUACACGCCGAAAAACACCUCUUCGGUCAAUUCACACCAACAAAUUAAUACUUUAGAUUUUGGUUGUAACUCCUCUGCAUAUUACAUGGAGUUUUCUAGAUUUCUUUAAACAGUAACAGAGCACGGUUGCAUUUCACUGAAUCAAUGAUAUACGAAAAGCAGAAAAAGAA